CCUUUUCUAUCGUUCUACAGGCGUUGGGAUCGUGUUGAUGACAGUGAGCGCCAUCGCGUGGCGCCUGACCGCCAACGACGCCCCCUCGUGGCGCCUCAUGCUCGGCCUGUCUCGGUCGACCAGCAGCAACCUGGCCAACGGUCUCCUGGCCACGACGUCGUGUCCAACUGGCCUGAACCUCAUAGCUGGCCCGGGUGCGGGCCAGUGCGCCGGCGCCGCCACGGCUGGUGGAAUAGUCGCCGACGACCCCAACAACGCCGUGUGCGAGCCGCGGCGGUUUUUGGGUCUGACGCGACUGCCGGGGUCGCCGGUGGGCGCCGCGGGAUGUGCGCCGAAUGCCACGGGAGCCAGUGGCGCCGGAUACCCGAGGAUCGGGCCGCCUAUGCACCCACAUCAUCUGGCACACGUGCCAGGGUCGCCGGCGUAUAAUGCCGCUGCUGCUGCGGCUGCUGCAAUGAUGUAUCCCGAGUUCCAGUUCCGGCCGCCGCCUCCGUCCUAUCAGGCGUCCAUGCAGGAGUACCGUUUGCGGCUCCUCUUGCUGGACAGGCACCACUCGGCGCCACCGGCGGUGUCCCCGCCGCCGACGUACCGCUCCAAUACCAGCACGCUUCGGCCGGGUUUGACUCUGGGCAGGGAGAGUGACGUGAGUCGCCCGCCAAGUUACCGCUCCAGGUCCAGCUCCGUGGUUCCUCGCCCUUUGCCCACCGACGGGGCGCCAUCAUCUUCAUCCCAGCAGACGUCACCGCGCCACCCGAACGGCGCCCAUCCCUCGGCGCCACAUCACAGCCGAGACGCCUCACUCACCGUCAGCCUCUUUCAAGUGAAUGGGCAAGAGUCGGUGGUGGUCACGGUGCCCGGGUUGGGUCGAGGGCAACAAACAGUGUCUGGGGCGUCCAGAGGCGGCCCGCUGCUCAUCCCGAACAUCAACGCCAUCUCUGGGAGUCAGAUCCUCAACGUGGUGGCGCGUGUGUAG